UAAAUGGUCCAAAAAGGUGGUUGAUUCGAGCCUAUCAACUCUAGAGCCAAGUAGGGGAUUGAGUGUCUGAUUAUGUAUUUUACUACUUACUGAAAAUUCAUUUAUAAUAUAGAGUUUGACUUCUGAACUACUUAGAGGGCAUCAUGGUAUUGCAAGUUCUUCAGUGGGAUACCAACUUUACUGCUGAGCUCUAACCUGAUAUUUUAGGACAAUGGCACCACUGCUAAACGAUCAAUUCAGUUUUCAAACGCCAGAAAGUCAGGCUGUCCAGACUAAAAAAAUUCCCAACAAGUAUCCUGGCUGGUAUUCACCAGAUACAGGAAUUUGUCGUAGUGUCCAUGCCUCUAGAGACUUGCCCACUGAUCCAUUUCUUGAUGUUGCCUCUUAUAUCCUCUCCUUCCAACACAAUGGUCGUUCAGCUCUCAUUGAUUCCUCUACUGGACAUUCAAUAUCUUACAGGGAAUUGUAUCGUAUGGUGAAUUCCAUGGCUUCUGGGCUCCAAAAAUUGGGUGUUUCACAAGGGGAUGUAGUCUUGCUUCUGUUACCAAAUUCCAUUUUCUAUCCCAUUGUUCUUCUGGGUGUGCUGUAUUUGGGAGCUGUUAUUACAACCAUGUUUCCUCAAAGCAGUUCUCAAGAAAUCAAGAAACGAAUCAGUGAAUGCAAUGUGCGGCUGGCUUUUGCAACACCACAGAAUGUUGGGAACUUUGAAGCAUUGGGAGUUCAGGCAAUUGGAGUACCAGAAAAUACGAAUUUGGACUUAAUGAGACCGAUGGGAUUUUCUUCUUUUUAUGAGCUUAUUUCAAGUGGUUUUGAUUUGAAUAAAAGACAUGUGAUUAGACAGGAAGAUACAGCUGCUAUAUUGUUUUCUUCAGGUACGACUGGAGUGAGCAAAGGGGUUCUGUUGACACAUAGAAACUUUAUAUCUACGAUCGAGCUUUUUGUUCGGUUUGAAGCUUCGCAGUAUGAGUAUUUGACUACAGAGAAUGUGUAUUUGGCUGCUAUACCAAUGUUUCAUGUGUAUGGUCUCUCCAUUUUUGUGAUGGGAUUAUUGUCAUUGGGUUCUAGUAUUGUUGUAAUGAGCAAAUUCGAUGUCAAAGAGGUGGUCAUGGCCAUUGAUAGAUUUAAAGUUACACAUUUUCCUGUUGUUCCGCCAAUAAUGAUAGUUAUGGCUAGGAUUGCACGGAAAUUUGGUGGGCACAGAUUUCGUAGUUUGAAACAGGUUUCUUGUGGGGCUGCUUCUUUGAGUAUGAAGAUCGUAGGGGAUUUUGUUCAGGCUCUCCCUCAUGUUGACUUCAUUCAGGGAUAUGGCAUGACUGAGACCACAGCUGUAGGAACCCGUGGCUUCAAUACCAAAAAGGCUCAAAACCAUUUGUCUGUUGGACUCUUAGCACCAAACAUGGAAGCUAAAGUUGUUGAUUGGGUUAGCGCAUCUAUUAUGCCUCCUGGUAAAACCGGCGAACUUUUGUUACGCGGACCUGGUUUAAUGAAAGGGUACUUGAAUAAUCCCGAGGCAACAAUGUCUACAAUAGACCAAGAAAAUUGGCUACAUACUGGAGACAUCGCCUACUUUGACCGAGAUGGAUACUUGUAUGUUGUUGAUCGUUUGAAGGAGGUUAUAAAGUAUAAGGGCUUUCAGAUCGCUCCUACUGAUUUGGAAUCAGUGGUGAUCACACAUCCAGAAGUUCUUGAUACUGCAGUAGCUGCGGCCGUUGAUGAAGAAUGUGGGGAGAUUCCAGUGGCAUUUGUGGUGAAAAAGCCAGGAAGCUCACUCUCACAGAAAGAUGUCAUCGAUUAUGUUGCUCAACAGGUUGCGCCAUAUAAAAAGAUCAGAAAAGUGGUGUUUACAGAAUCAAUACCCAAAUCUGCUGCUGGCAAAGUACUGCGUAAGGAACUGGUGAAGCACUUGCCUUCUAAACUCUGAGAUAAUAUCCCAUUGUUCUUCUUCUAUUCCUUAAUAUUUUGGCUGUGCUGUCCAUAAGUAAGUAAGAUUUGUGCUAGUUGGGACGAUUCCCUGUUACCACCUUAUCCUCCAUUCUUCUAAUAAGUUUGAAAGGCGAGCUUUUGGUUUGGUAUCUA